GCAACCUGCAAUUGAACGAAUGAACUAACGAACGACCAAGCCCCUGCUGGAGCUACCGGGAGGCAGUAGAGAGUCACAGAGCGAGUCCCCGCCGCCCGCCUCGGAGGAGCCAAACGGAGGAAGAGCCACUGUGAGCCGCCGUGAGAACGUCGUGCUGGAAUCAAACGAUGCGAGCGCUGCUCACCGCCGCCAAGUAACACACGACCUACUGUCCACGACUGGAGAGGAAGAGAACCGUUACCGUGAUUUACCGACAGAAAAAACAGAAGAGAGAGGAAGGACGGACCACUACCGAGGCCACGCUUGAGAAACGGACCAACUGCGGUGGCUGCAACGAGUUGCGUUUGCGCUGUGGAUCAAACCGAGAGGAUCCUUGAUUUUAAAUGCGUUAACGGUACCGUACCCCCGGUUUGAGAGCGCGAGAGAGGGAGCUGCCCAGAGAGCCAGAGAAAGCGGGAUCGAAGGCAGAGCUCACAAAAGGAGGAAAUUAACCAAGACGGAAGAAAAAAAAAAUAUUUGCAACCAGCUUUGGUUCCACGCACAAGUGUCGUUUUUUUUCUUUUGUUCCGUGGGUCCCGGUAAUCGGUUAAGCUAUCAAGCUGUGUUCUCUAACCAUGGGAUGUACUCUGAGCGCAGAGGAGAGGGCGGCUCUGGAUCGGAGCAAAGCCAUCGAGAAGAACCUGAAGGAUGACGGUGUCACCGCGGCCAAAGAUGUUAAGCUGCUGCUGCUCGGGGCUGGAGAGUCAGGGAAAAGCACCAUCGUCAAACAGAUGAAGAUCAUCCAUGAGGACGGUUUCUCUGGCGACGACGUAAAGCAGUACAAGCCUGUCGUUUACAGCAACACCAUCCAAUCUCUGGCUGCCAUCGUUCGUGCCAUGGAUACACUGGGGCUGGAAUACGGAGACAAAGAACGGAAGGCGGAUGCUAAGAUGGUGUGUGAUGUGGUCAGUCGUAUGGAGGACACAGAGCCUUACUCUGCCGAGCUGCUCUCCGCCAUGAUUCGCCUGUGGUCCGACUCAGGCAUCCAGGAGUGUUUCAGCCGCGCCCGCGAGUACCAGCUCAACGAUUCAGCGCAGUACUACCUAGACAGCCUAGAUCGGAUCGGUGCCCCAGACUACCAGCCCACAGAGCAGGACAUCCUGAGGACCCGAGUGAAGACCACAGGCAUCGUCGAGACACACUUUACCUUCAAAAACCUCCACUUCAGGCUGUUUGAUGUGGGAGGUCAGAGGUCGGAGAGGAAGAAGUGGAUCCACUGUUUUGAGGAUGUCACAGCUAUCAUUUUCUGUGUGGCGCUCAGCGGAUAUGACCAGGUGCUGCAUGAGGACGAGACCACGAACCGUAUGCACGAGUCUUUGAAGCUGUUUGAUUCCAUCUGUAACAACAAGUGGUUUAAGGAAACCGCUAUCAUUCUCUUCCUGAACAAGAAGGACAUCUUUGAACGCAAGAUCACCAAGUCUCCACUGUCCAUCUGCUUCCCUGAGUACACUGGUCCAGACACUUACUUGGAGGGAAUAGACCACAUUAAGUGUCAGUACGAGAGCAAGAACAAGUCACCCAGCAAAGAAGUCUACUCCCAUGUGACCUGCGCUACGGAUACCGACAACAUCCAGUUUGUCUUUGAUGCUGUCACUGACGUCAUCAUAGCAAAUAACCUGCGAGGGUGUGGCCUGUACUGACGAAGACGUUAAAUGUUAGCCAAUGGAUGACAGAUGUUUGACUUGUGUUUACCGUACCAGUUCGUAGCACAUAUUAUGUGUGGCCCAUGUCAGUAAUCAUAUGAUAGCCAGUCAAAGAUGGGGCACGGGCUGUGUUUAUGAUGUCCCCAUACUGCUUUAUUGUAAGGCUUGACUCUUAAUUCAUGUAUUGAUUGGUUGAGUGAUUGGUUGAGACUUCUUCUAAUGUAUUUGACUUCCUCCUUAAGAAGAAGAAUUUCCAAUAGCUCCGUGCAUUUAGUUGUAGCUAAACUCCAAAUCUUUUGCCGGUGUGCUGCAGACAUCCUGCACAAUAGCUCCUGUCGACUCUCCAGGGAUAUAAGGUUCCUGAGACUUGUUUGUUCAUGCAGUACCGCCUUACUCAAAGAACUGGACUGGUUGCUAAUUAACAGCAGCCAUCUUAUAAGGGUUCACCAGCAGUCCACCAAACUGGUGUAAUGGGAAUCACUCCUCUACCCCAAAGUAUUUCUAAACAUUUCAAUUUAAAUAGGAGUUGCCAAUCUUCUUUGCCUUAGACUUGUGCCUUAAUUACACAAAGGGCCAACGUGAAAGUGACUAUAUAAGUAUGUUGUUAGUCAGGGUCAAGCUCAGGUCACUCCAAGUUUACAUCAGAAGGAUGCUCCUCAGACUUUAUUAUGAGCAUGUCAUGUUAAAGUGUUGACAAGUGUCCAGCUUUCUCAGAAGAAAUUGAAAGUGAAGUCAUCAGCAAAAAAAAAGUGUUUCUAUAUAUGUUGUGUGAAAUAGCUUUUGUGUGCACCGUCUUCAUUUUGUUGUAUUUGUUGUGUAAUUGGUUUUAUUCUGUUUUCUGAUGACAGUCCUGCUCUGAUGUAGGAGCUGCGCUGCAGAGUGUCUGACUGCAUAGUUGCACUACGGAGCUCCAAAAUACUCCGUAUUUAUGCAACAGGAUAUUAUGAACUGAAUCAUCAUAUUCAUAAAUACUGUAAGAAAAGAUGAAGCAUCAUUGUGAAAUUCUUAGAAAAAAAAUCAAACUUAACUCAUUAUUAUGAAGUGUGUAUUAUUUUCACAAUAAAACGUUUAAUUUUUUAUUUGUAAAAGCAGUUGCUGAGAGGCUUGGACCACAUGAUGUGAGAGAGGGCAAAGCAAUAGUAAGAGUAAAGCUCCAUUUGCAUGGGCCUAGUAUUAAGCCCCCACGUCUGUCCCGUCCCCACGGAUAUCAUAUCGAGGCUCUGCGUAAUGGCGAAAUAUGUUGAAAAAUUACGAACAUGGCAUAUUUUCACAAAUUUAACAUCACAGAUAAUGUCCCCAGGUAACCUGUAGUGCUUUGCACUAUCAUUAGAAACAUGAAAAAAUAUACUUAAAAAAAAAAAGUAAUUUCAAAAAUAUGUCAUGAAAUAACAUGUCCGUUUUAAUUAUUGUUCGAUCAUUUAAAAUUGUAUUUUUAUUUUCUGUAUUUUAUCAUAUUUGUUUCAUUUAGUGUUAGUGUUAGUUAAAAUGAUGUCUCAUUCAUUGGUUUAAUAUUACUCUUUUUGUAGUUUCAUAUCAAACAGCGUGACGCCUUGCUUAACAUAAUGAUUCAACAUGUAGGACCUGCUCUCCUCUGGCCUUUUAGAAACACACGGACUCGGAACAGACUAUCAGUGUCAAUACAUCAAAGCCUUUCCUCAGUCACACUCUUGUCUUUUUGUUCACUGUAUUUUGAAUUGAUGGCACUUAAAGGCCCAGUAUGUCCAAUUUAUGUGUAGGAUUUCUCAGUUUACAGAUCUUUUUUUUUUAGCUGAUAAAAAGCUUAAUCGUCCUUAACGAUAGCUAAUUGGUUUCCAGAUUGCAUUUUGGCCAAUGUGUUCCGCCUCUAUUGCUCCCCAGGAACUGUACUUGUAUGUAGCCAAAGCCUGCUCAAAUUAGGUCAACAUUACCUCAACUACAAACGAAAACCCAAAUCUUGGAUUGUCGGUUUAUAUGCAUAGUCUGUUUAUAGCGGUUAUGGUUUGAGCAAUGGCUGCUUGUCAUCUUAUCGAAAUUCAAAGGAAGAGCGCCAUUAGUGUUUUGGCCUUAGAUGCAUUUCGUUUGAGACGAAGUAUGUUUUGGUACCUAUAGAAGAAGGUUAUUGAAAGGUUAUUGGCAUUAUCAUUUAUUUGUUUUUGAAUAUUUGAAGAUACAGCACAGAUUUAUUCUUUUGGGAUUGAUAUUUCAGCCUCAUGUUCCAGCAUUCAUGUGUCACAAUAGAUCAGCUACAAGAGGUUAGGGUUCUGACUCAAACAGACAAUUCAAAGAUAAUGCCUCAGAGUAAGCAUUGAUUUUAUAGGGCCCAGGGACAACAUCGACUGUGUGGAGCUGCACAGUGUAACAUCUUUAUUGUCCACCUCUCUGCCUUAAUAAGCCAGAGGUGAGCUUUGAACGAUUGUGUGCUCGUGGGUACAUAUAGUCCUCUGGGACCAGAUUGUCUACCUUGUUACUAUUGUUUCAGCCCCGAUAUUUUGCUUUCUGCUGAGCGAGUUGCAUUUCUGCUGGAUAGUCGUCCCAGAGCUGCUGGACGAUUGAGGUUUGAUGUAGUGCACGGCUUAGCGGAAAUGAAAAGUGCUGUGUGCAUUUUGUGGGAACAGUUCAAAAUUGAGCCUUGACAUUAAAGCCAAAGAGAUGCGUAUAAUACCAGGAAAGUAUCACCAGCUCCUCCCUUCUCUCCUUCUAAGCAGCAUAAUAGAGUUUUCUCUGUCUGUGGGACUUUGUUGAGUUGACCGAGCUGAGUGUGUUUGCAGCUUCACUGGUAUGAGAGCUCUCUGGCAAACAGAGUUAGCCAGCUUCUUUAUUUAUUCAUGAGCAGGGCAUUUGCUCCAUUCCACUCCUCCCUCCACUUAAAACAGCGAGGGCCUGUCUGCUUCAAGCUGCCAUUAUUUUUUCUUUUUUUUUUUAAACAGGUAGAUGAUGUCAUCGGCUCUUCCCGCUGCAUCUUUGCCAACUUUCCCAAAUUAGAGAGCUGCCUAAGGCUGUUGAUCAGCCUGCUUUGUGUGUGCGUUUCUGUCUGUGUAUCUUGUGUGUAUGUGUGUGUGUUUACCAAUUGUAUAUAGUUACCUACAUGUAGUACUUGAUAGUACAGGAAAGGUCAGUGUGUGUGUGUGUGUGUGUGUGUGUGCAUGCGUGGUUGUUUGUGUGUGUUUGUGUGUGUUUGUUUGUGUGUGUGUGUGUGUGUGCGUGCGUGCGCGCCUGCCUGUAUACACAUGCAUGUCUAUGUAUUGUGUGAGCUACAACAUCAGCCCGUUGGGGGGGUUGUGGUGGAGUCAGUAUCUGUGGAUUAAUUACCCAGAAGGCACCUGUCUACCCUUUCCACACAUAGGCCCUCAACACACACACAAACGCACACUGAAGACAUAAACACACCCAUGAGACUUCAAAAUGUCACCUUAAUUGCCCGUGCCAAAUAAUAUCACCAUAUCCAACCAAAGAGCCUCAGAUGUUUUUCGGUUUGUUUGCCAAACACGAAGACCGCGGCUCAAAGUCUUCUCCUCUGACUUAUUACAUUUAAUACAUAAUGGGAACUUUAAGCGAUCUGCAUCACCUUUGGAGAUGUGACUUUAAAUUAACAUAAAACAUCAAACGCUGUUGUCCUGAAACAAUGUCAGCAUAAGUCCACAUAAAAGAUUUCUAUGAUUUCUAUGAAUCUUCUGUCAGUGGUUACAUGGGACAUUGAAAACCACUUUUAUUUGUAAUUUGCAUAGAAGCCAAACAGGCUGAGCCUUUCAAAGAGGUUAUUUUAGAGAACAGCACAGUUUACGACUUUACCCUGUCACUGAAAACAUGUUUAAAUCAGCAUUUGCUGUAUUAACAAUUUUAAUUAAUUUUUUCCCCGAUACAUUUAGCAACAUGUCUUUUUGCCUGAAAGCCAAACCAGCAGUAGACGUGAGCUGUGGAACAAUAAGCUGGGUAAAAAUUUCAUAUUUAAAUCAAUUGCUACGUAUCAUAUACAGUAUACUUUAAUAAAUGCCUUUUUUGGGGGUUAAUCCUAGUUUUAUACAGUAUUGAAAUUACCUUGCAGACACCUGAAACAGGAUUGUUGUGUCAGAGUUCACCAAACUCACGUUUGUGCGUUUUUACUCCUCUUCUGAGAGAGUCCAGUAAUUGUGCCGAUGCCAUCAGGAUUAAUUGACUGAUUUUGCUGCGCAAUGUUGCCAUUUAACAUGCUGAUAGGAUACCAGGAUGUAUAGUAUUUGGACCAUAUAUAUUGGCUCUAAACCAAGAAAUGGAGAAAUUACACCAGGGGCCAGGCUGAGAGGUUAGUGGGUAAUGUAGUUUAAGUCCCAGUGAUAAAUAAUAGUCCUAUAGGCUGCAGGGAAGGAGAGAUGUGUGGGUAAUGUAGUCUAAGGUCAUGCUAGAGAGGGUUUAUGGGUAAUAGUGUUUUUUUUUAAAUUUAUUUUAGGUGGAUGGGUCUGACGUGAAUAGUACAAUCAGUGGUUCAUUCAGGUAACAACGGUCCGAUUAUAUCUGGGCAGCAGGUGGUGGCACAAAAGAAAUGUUAGCACCAUGUGCCACUCAAUGCCUUAGCUACAUAAACAAUUUCUGAAAUCCCACAAUGGCAGCCAAACUUGAUUUGAUUUGUUACACAUGUCAGAUGUCAGAAAGAGCUUCUGUGGUGUUGUUUUGCUGACUUAUUUAUGCCUAAAGUUUUGAAAUAGAGUUUUACCUGUAAAUGCUUUUGAGUCGUCCAAUAACAUGUCCAGCUGCCACUCAAUAAAAAGAGCACUUAAGCUUCUCCUGCUCCACUGCUGGACUGGGAGAGCAUUCAGGAAGCCGCAGGGCACAUGACCGUAAUGAACUUGUGCAGAAUGAAGGAGACGGAGCUGGUAAAAGUCCUUGCGCUCAUCAUGCUCUCAACUCUUACUGCUGCGUCAUUUAACCCCUCUCUCAAUGCCAACCAACGUCCCAUCUGUACUGUACAGAUCCCCUACAGCCAAAUCUACAGUCCUGUUUAUUGUGGUUCUGCGUGUAUGUGUGUGUGUGUGUGGUGUAUCUUACUGAGCGCUGUAAGUCAAAUGUAUCUGCUGCAUCCUCCUCACUGCUGUGAUAAUUUAUUAAAAGUUGUAUUUAUACAUAAGAGAAACAACAAUAAAGCACCACAUGAGUAACUUGA